AUGUAUCUGCUGAAGGUCUGCUGCUCUCAGGAGUAUCUGUAUGACUCGGAAAGUGUCCUCAUACACUACCUCUAUGUUCAAGAGUGCAUUGAACGCGCCGAAGUACCCAAACUGAGUCCCGUUCUGCUCAAGGAUGUACUCGAAAGUUUGGACCUUCCCAUCUCCCAGGACGGUGUCACCACCGUCACCACGCCCACAGAGGCAGAACCGCCCAAUAUAAUGAAUCUAGUGGACUUUGAUUUAUCAUCAACGUCUUCUUCUCCUGCUGCUGCUGCUGCUGCUGCUAUCGCUGAAAGUGGCGCGGAUGAUGCUGCAAAGCCGGAAAGCCUCUGGAACUUGAGGGAAUACUUUGCUAUUAUC